UACCCAUUACAGUAGCUAUUAAUGAUAUUCCAUUCAAAAAUCCUAAAAUCGAAUGGGAAUAUCAGAAUUUAAAAAGGAGAUUAGGCAAAUUUGCAAACUUGCGUCAGGAAUGCUGUGAUCCAGAAGAAUUUGAUAGAGUACGAUUCUAUUCAGAGAUGGAGAAGGUAAGUAAGAAUACAAAAGGUAUGUUCCAUUCACCAUGGCCUGGAUUUGUGCAUGAAGCCAUUCACGUAUUGCAAAGGUAUUUUGGUAAUAUAGAUAAAAAAGAAGCUAUUGCAAAAUUAC